AAUUGCUGAAUCCAAGAGGCGUAUCCGUCCCUAUUUAUUAUACUAUUUUCUUUCCAGGCACGGUCGUCUCUCUGUCGCAGAAUUUCUGUCCUCGAAUAAGGAACAAGGGAUCGGAAACUACCAGCCACAAUGUCGAAGGAGGCCCCACGUGAACCCGAACAGCUCCGCAAGCUGUUCAUCGGAGGUCUGAGCUUCGAAACUACGGAUGAGAGUUUGCGAGCACACUUCGAACAAUGGGGAUCUCUUACAGAUUGUGUGGUAAUGAGAGAUCCAGCCAACAAGCGCUCCAGGGGGUUUGGAUUUGUCACCUAUGCUGGUGUGAAUGAGGUUGACGCUGCCAUGGAAGCACGUCCCCACAAGGUUGAUGGUAGGCUCGUAGAGCCGAAGAGGGCGGUGUCCAGAGAGGACUCCAGCCGACCAGGUGCUCAUGUCACAGUGAAAAAAAUAUUUGUUGGGGGUAUCAAGGAAGACACAGAAGACUCCCACCUGCGAGAUUACUUUGAGCAAUUUGGCAAGAUUGAAGUAAUUGACAUUAUGACUGACCGCAACAGUGGCAAGAAGAGGGGCUUUGCCUUUGUCACGUUUGAUGACCAUGAUGCAGUGGACAGGAUUGUUAUUCAGAAGUACCACACACUGAACGGUCACAAUUGCGAAGUGAGGAAAGCCUUGUCCAGACAGGAGAUGCAGACUACAGGAAUGGGUAUGAGGGGUGGCCGUGGUGGUGGUGGUGGCGGCGGUGGUGGCAACUAUGGCAGAGGUGGGGGAUACGGAGGUGAUGCUGACUCGUCUGUUUCAGGAGGCAGAGGGGGUGGAUAUGGAGGUGGAGAUGGUGGUUACAACAAUGGUUAUGGGGGAGGAGAUGGUGGCUAUGGAGGAGGACCCGGUGGUUAUGGUGGUGGUAACCGUGGCUACGGUGGAGGACAAGGAGGUUAUGGCGGAGGACAGGGUGGGGGCUACGGUGGCGGAAAUGGUUAUAACGACUACAACAAUGGCAAUGGCAACGGCGGGAACUUUGGCGGCGGUAACUUCGGCGGCGGUGGUGGUGGCGGUGGCAAUGGUGGCGGAAAUGGCUACAAUGACUUUGGCAGCUACAACAACCAGGCUUCCAACUACGGCCCGAUGAAGGGUAACAACUUUGGUGGUGGCAGCGGUGGUGGUGGUGGCAGCGGCGGUGGUGGCAGUGGCGGGGGUAGCGGCGGUGGCAGGAACAGUGGCCCAUAUGGUGGUGGUUAUGGGGGUAGCUCAGGUGGGGGUGGCGGCGGUGGCGGAUAUGGUGGGGGCUCCGGUGGACGACGGUUCUAAAUGUUCAGAAGGACUCAGUACUUAGGAGAGGAGAGCGAGACAAGUGACAGGGCAGCUGCAGGUUUACAACCUAGAUCUGCUCAGCCAAACAGAUGUGGCAGGUUACAUCUGCUACAAGAAGAGAUGUGUACAAUAGAGAAAUCAUGGAGGGGCUUCAUUUGUUUUUCUGUGUUGUCAAACAGGAUUAUUUGAUGUUUCUGGAAAGCAAGCAUUCCAAUGAGGUUUUAUGUAGUUUUUCUUUGAGUCGUUUUUAUUUUUGUGUAACUGCAACCAAUCAAGUUGAAAUAAACCACCUUUCCGUUUUUUUUAAACUGUCGUUCAGUCUUGUUAGUGUCUUUUAGGGGAAUGAGGGGGAGGGUGUUUAAUGCAUUAGAACAAAUACAGGUGCACACGACUGAUGGAUUAGGUCAAUGACUCUUGAAGAAAAGUACCACUUGUUAAUGGAGACUUUCCUAGCCUCAUGUUUUAUUUCUUGCGUGGGACAUCCUUAGUCUCUUCCAAUGCACAUACUACAGAAUGUGCUGGAUACAUGCUAUUUUCUACAUCACUCAAAGGAAGGUUUGGCAAAGUGAUACCAUAGCUUUGAAGUCAUUGCUGAACACGGUCCCAAUGGAUUAAGUUAUGGUAGUAUAAUACUCAGUCAACAGUUCAUGAUCUCUUUGAGAACUGCACCGGAGAUUUGAGUUGGCUGGCUAGAUCACUCGCCUGUCAUACAGCACACCUGCCAGCAAAGGCUAGCUUACAUGAUGCAGUCUUGAGGCUAGCCAGCCAUGGAAGCCAGCUGAGCUGAGGGCGAGUCAUAGUAAACAGCCCAUCGCCUGACAGGAGCAGUGUGAAGCAGGGGAGAGUGAGUAGCAAGAAGGCAUGAGACUAGCAGGCAGCCGCUACCAAAUGGCUUAAAUGCUGUCUGUGGGUAAGGAGAUUUUUCCAACUACUGUUAGUUUAAAUAACAUGUUCUGUAGUUAGUACGCGCAAACUCUUGUAGUUAAUGUAGACAUGAAUAGUAUAGCAUUCAUGACCAUGUACAGUUUAUUUGGAUGUGCAGAGAUGUUUUAGUACAAAUCACCGGCCCCUGUUCAUCUGGUAAUACAAGGGGCAUUGACCUUUGGCACUAAUCGUAAAGAUAUGCUACAAUCCUUGUAAUGCAUGCUUAUGUUGGCAGUCAAACUAUGAAAUGGUAACAGACUAACGCCUUUCAAUGUUGUAUCGUCUCAGUCUCCUUUUCUUCUGAUAUUUCCUAGGAAACUAACUCUGCUCUGAAGGACUGCUACUGAAAGCUUGAUGGCGUUGCACACU